CGCCCGACGCAGCCGGAGCCGUGGCUGCUGCGGCCUCCACUUCCUCCUCAAAGGCCUCCCCAGACCCCUGGCUCCCGCUCAGCUAGCGUCUCCGCCAUGCCCCGGGGCAGGCGCGGAGGCCGCGUGAGCGCCCUGGAGGGCGGCCCGGAGGAAGAGGCGCCCCCGGCGGCGGCCGCUGUGCCCUCGGCGCUGUGGGCGUCCGGGCUACAGCCGGAGGCGGCGGCCGGGCAGACUCUGCUGCGGGGCAUCUUCGAGAUCGGGAGGAGCAGCUGCGACGUGGUGCUGAGCGAGCUGGCCCUGAGGUGGUGGCCCAUCCAACCCGAGCGACCCGCGGGUGACUCCAAAUAUGAUCAAUGUAAAGAAGAAUUUAUUGAAGUCAAGGACAUAUUCUCUGUCAAACUGAAAAGACGUUAUUCUGCUAAGCAGCAGGGAAAUGGUACUUUACUAGGUAUCACUCUCUUCAUUUGCUUGAAAAAGGAACAAAAUAAACUAAAGGAUUCUACACUUGAUCUUAUUAAUUUAAGUGAAGACCACUGUGAUGUAUGGUUUAAACAAUUCAAGAAAAUUUUGGCAGGUUUUUCAAAUAGACCAAAGUCAUUAAAAGUAAUUCUCAACCCCCAGAGCCACAAAAAAGAAGCUACCCAGGUCUAUUAUGAGAAGGUUGAACCACUAUUGAGGAUUGCAGGAAUAAAGACUGAUGUUACAAUAACAGAGUACGAAGGGCACGCUCUGGCACUGCUGAAGGAUUGUGAACUCCAGGAAUUUGAUGGUGUCGUCUGUGUUGGUGGCGAUGGAUCUGCCAGUGAAGUUGCCCAUGCUUUGCUUCUCAGAGCCCAGAAGAAUGCUGGGAAGGAAACAGACAGCCUUUUCACCCCUGCCCGAGCACAGCUGCCACUCGGCUUAAUACCAGCAGCAGGCUCUACUAACGUACUCGCACAUUCUCUUCAUGGAAUCCCUCAUGUGGUAACUGCAACUUUGCACAUUAUAAUGGGGCACAUACAACCAGUUGAUGUCUGCACUUUUAGCACGACUGGCAAGCUUCUUCGCUUUGGGUUCUCCGCCAUGUUUGGUUUUGGUGGAAGAACUUUGGCCCUUGCAGAAAAAAAUCGAUGGAUGUCACCCAACCAACGAAGGGAUUUUGCGGUCAUGAAGGCACUGGCAAAACUCAAGCCUGAAGACUGUGAAAUAUCCUUUUUACCAUGUAUCAGCUCUCACGAUUUACAAGAAUGGAAGGCAGAAGGAUCUCCCAAAUCUGACAGUAGUGAUCAGUGGCAGACCAUCCAGGGUCAGUUCUUGAAUGUCAGCAUUAUGGCAAUUCCUUGCCUGUGUUCAGUGGCACCUAGAGGCCUGGCACCUACUACCAGAUUAAAUAAUGGAAGCAUGGCUCUUAUCGUUGUACGAAACACUUCUCGACCAGAAUUUAUAAAGCACCUAAAAAGAUACUCCAGUGUUAAAAAUCAGUUCAACUUUCCAUUUGUUGAGACUUACACUGUUGGAGAAGUAAGAGUUCGUCAGAGGAACAAAAGUGGAUGUGAUCCGGAGGAGGAUGACGGACGGCAGGCAGCUGCUUCAGAACACAGUUUCCCUUGGAACAUAGAUGGUGACUUAGUGGAAGCCGAAUCAGAGGUUCUGGUCAAGUAAGUGUCAUUAUUUACCCCCUUCAAUAUCUACCAGUAGACACAAAAUUAAGUAUAAUGGAAGCAGCCGUGUUACGACUUUUUCUUUUAAUGAGUAAGUCAGGGAAGCAUAAAAAGAUAGAUGUACAAUUUUAAUAAAUAAAGUAUAACUUUACAUUUAUUCACCAGUUGUUACAUACAGCCCAAGCAUUUUCGUAUAGACUCAUCACCAAAUUUUCUGAGUAUAUUGGCAUUUCAAAUGACCAUUCUCCCUAAACUGUACAGAUAAUGUCUACAAUUUGUUUUGUGAUUUUAGCAAUAUAUGUUUUGUAAUCUUGAAAGUGGAUCGAGAGCUUAACCUUGUGAACGCGCUCUGCACAGCGGAUGGGUACACAUUGAAAGCUCCAGUCUUGAUCACUUUGUAUUCAGUGGCGGGCUGCUUUCAGCCCUUUCCCCAGCAUUCAACCUUCUCAACACAGCAACAGUUUUAUAUACUCUGUAACAGGACAACUGGCAUGAAACAAGUUUAGGACCAUGCAGACUCAUUGCUGGAAAGCAUUAGGACUCAAGGGGUGGAAGACCGGGGCAGGAGCGGCACCCUGUAGGCACAAUGUCUGGAUGUUACAGUAAUUACCAGUGUCCAUCUAUCAGCAACCCCUCUACAUUUACAAGAUUGAGCUCUGCCACGAAUGGAGGUUUGCCUUCCUGUCGUUAGAUUGGUAUUUGGUAUUAUGUACCAGACUCAAUAGGUAUAUGUGUGUGAAAAAUAACAAGAGGUUGAUGAAAUAAUUACACAUCUAUUUCUUACAGAUUACACCCAAGACUUAUCAGUCUUUAUGGAGGAAGCAUGGAAGAAAUGAAUGAUUCCAAAGUAACAUGUAAUUGUUUAUAAAAGAAAUGUACAAACUAGAAUUUUAAUAGGAAGGAACUGGUCAUACAUUAAAGAUAUAGGGGAAAAGUUAUUUUUUUAAAGAAAUGAAAAUUGCUAUUUUUGUUGCUAAAAAUUGGCUUCUAUAACUUAAGCCAUGAAAUAUAAUGAAUUAAAUUCUGGG